CGUCAACUCGACGACUACUUGUCGGGUCGCGGUCGUCGUCUCGUCGUAGUUUUGCCAUUGAUCAUUGUUGAUUGUAGUUCAGUGCAUGUGUAAUAUGAUUUUGAUGUACCUACUCGCAUGGUGUGCAAAUUGUUAUGUAUGAUAUUUAGAUAAUAAACUGAUAGCGUCAUUCUAACAUAAAACCAUAUGCUUGUAUCAAAUGAUCUCAUACCAGGCCGGAACGUCGUGAGCUCAGGACGGUCGGUGUAGUGCAAGUUAUCUCAGUUUCAACAGUAGGUACAUACUAAAGCUUAUCGCUUCGGAAGCGGGAACUCGUAUCUGGAACAAGAGGAACGUUAAACGAGUGUUUAUUUAGCCGCAUUUUGUUUAACGACUAGUAUUUUAGGCGCAUGUCGACGGAAGCAGUGAACUCAGACUAGUCGUCAUGCAUCGAACUGAGAGACUAGUAGUGCUCUUGCAAGCUUUAAGUCUACUAUUUCUUAAUUGCCUGGUUGAAGGACGAGAUGAUGUAAAAGUUUUAACCGUUGCCACCGAUGAGAAUCAUGGUUUGGAGAGAUUUCUCAGGUCAGCUAAGGUGAAUGGAAUUGAUGUUGAAGUGCUCGGCAGAGGAACAAAAUGGACUGGAGGUGACAUGAAUCUACCUGGAGGAGGGCAAAAGAUUAACUUGCUCAAAGAAAAGUUAAAAGACUUAUCAAAAUCAGGCGCAAAUGAUAAAAUUAUACUAUUCACCGACAGCUAUGAUGUCUUAUUCCUAGCAAGCAUUGAUGAUAUAUUGAAAAAGUUCCAGUCAUUCCCUGAAACACGGGUAUUAUUUGCUGCAGAACAAUUUUGCUGGCCAGAUACUAAACUGGCUUCACAAUAUCCAAACACAGAAAUUGCAAAUCCUUAUCUAAACUCUGGUGGAUUUAUAGGUUACUUGCCGGAGAUACAUGAAAUAGUGAAUUAUAAACCAGUCAGUGAUAAAGAUGAUGACCAGCUGUAUUAUACAAAGAUUUAUUUGGACAAGAAAUUAAGGGAAACCCUCAAAAUAAAGUUGGAUCAUAAUUCUGCUAUAUUUCAAAAUCUGAAUGGAGCUCUAUCUGAUGUUCAAUUGAAAUCUAAUACCACUACAGAAACUUGGCCAUAUAUAGAGAAUGUUGUUACCAAACAGCGACCACUUAUAGUUCAUGGAAAUGGUCCAUCCAAGCUUACUCUGAAUCAUUUUGGCAAUUAUUUAGCCAAAGCAUGGUCUGCUACAGAGGGCUGUGCUUUAUGUAAUGAAAAACGAAUUGAACUCAAGGAGGAUAAGCUACCUACAGUGAUGAUGGCAGUAUUUAUAGAACAAGCGACACCAUUUCUGGAAGAAUUUUUAGAUCAAGUACUUACAACUGAUUAUCCAAAGGAGAAGAUUCAUUUACUGCUGAGAAAUAAUGUGGAAUAUCAUGAGACUGAAGUCGAUGAUUUCUUUCAAGCUCAUGCCAAGGACUAUGCUACUGCAAAACGUAUCAAACCCAGUGAUUUCAUCUCUGAAUCAGAAGCUAGGAAUAUUGCCAAGGACCGUUGCAUAAACAGUGCAUGCGACUAUUUGUUCUCAAUAGACAGUUUGUCCCGUUUGGAAGCAAACACGUUGCGUCAUCUAUUAUCUUCGGGUUAUGACGUAAUCGCCCCGUUGUUAGUGCGGCCCGGGCUCGCAUGGUCCAACUUCUGGGGUGCUGUGAACUCCGCUGGCUUCUACGCUAGAUCUUCCGACUACAUGGAUAUUGUCUACCAAAACAUCAAGGGCGUGUGGAACGUGCCUUUCAUCACGAACUGCUACCUAGCCAAGAUGUCAGUGUUCAGACUGCCUGCUACUAAGUCAGUUACUUACACUAGAGACGGAAUUGAUCCCGAUAUGGCAUUUUGUGCUAGUCUAAGAGAAGUUGGUGUGUACAUGCAUGUUAGCAAUGAAUUAGAUUUUGGGCAUUUGGUUAAUCCAGAAACAUAUGAUAUUAGCCGAACGAACCCAGAUAUGUAUCAGCUCUUUGAUAAUAAAAUGGAAUGGACUACUCGCUAUUUGCACGAAGAUUAUCAUCUCAACUUCGAUGAAGAAAGAAAGCAUUUAAUGCCGUGUCCCGACGUUUACUGGUUCCCACUGAUGUCCAAACGGUUUUGUUCAGAAUGGAUUGAAAUUAUGGAGGCAUUUGGGCAAUGGAGCGAUGGAUCCAACAAUGAUAAACGCCUUGAGAGUGGAUAUGAAGCAGUUCCCACUCGCGACAUCCAUAUGAAUCAAGUUGGCUUGGAGAAACACUGGCUUCACAUAUUGAAGGAAUUCGUGCGUCCACUUCAAGAGAUGGUCUUUACCGGAUAUUAUCACAAUCCCCCGGUAUCGGUAAUGAACUUCGUCGUGCGCUACAGACCAGAUGAGCAGCCAUCUCUUCGUCCACACCACGACUCCUCCACAUACACUAUCAAUUUAGCACUCAACACACCCAAUGUUGACUUCGAAGGUGGCGGCUGCCGUUUCAUUCGGUACAACUGUUCGGUUCGCGACACUAAGCUUGGAUGGCUAUUGAUGCACCCUGGCCGCCUGACGCAUUACCACGAGGGAUUGCUCGUCACCAAGGGCACAAGAUACAUUAUGAUUUCUUUUGUGGAUCCGUGAACUACAGAUAAGAAAAUAUUGAAUUUGAAUAAUCGACUGUCAACAAUCAAUUCAAGUUAUAGUAUCUAAGUUAAAUGUAGAAUGUUACUUCGGAAGAUGUAUUCAGAUAAUUUACCUACUCUAAUAUUUUUAUGAGAUUUGUUCGUACAAAUAUAUUAAAGUAAUGACGCAUUACUAUAUGCAUAGAAUCUCAUACUGUAAAUACGAUUUCCUUUUUUACUGGUUGUCUUUUUUAUGAUUUUACUAAUGUUUAUUUUUUAUAUUGUAUUGUAUCAUGCAAAUAGAAUUAUGCCGAUAGUAUUAAUGCAACAACAAACAAUAUAAACCAAAGAUUCAUAGUGUAAGUGCAAAUAAUAACGUCAAAACUAUGAAUGAUACAAAAUGCAAGUAAAUUUAUAUACUUAUAA